CUCACCCCGGGGAAACCCGGAAGAUCUAACCCUCUGCGUGGCCAUGGUGGCCGCCUGCGCGCCACUGGUGGAGCAGAAGCGACGGAAGGGCCUCAAGAGGGCGCGGCCUCGGAAGAAACCUGCUGCUGGUUUUGAUCUCGCAGCGCUUUCUCCGGUCGAGGUGGAGGAGUGGCUGAAGUCCAUCGGCUUUGCCAAAGUGGCUGAAGCUGCGAGGUCGCGGGGUGUCUGUGGCUUAGCCUUGCCACAUUUGGGCCAUAGUGGCUGGGAAGAGCUGGGCAUUGCCAGUGCGGUCGACCGUGCAAAGAUCAUGGGAUACCUGGCCGAACUUGAAGAGAAUGGCUACGAGAAGAAUGCUGCUUCUUCGUCGCCACCGUGUGAUCCCAAGCUGACGGUGGGCUGAGUCCUUGACAGGAUGGUGCUUGACUGUGAUGCAAUUGCAAACUGUGAGCCGAAAUUUGAAUAGUUCCCCCAGACCUAGCAGUGAAUUUGCACCCUUUCGGAUGGAUUAUUUUUGUCCUUUGAUGUCUCGUUUGAGUAGGUGCUACAAGAGUCCACUAGGAGUGUGCCAAGAGUUUAAGACUUAUAUACCAUUUAUAUGGGAGUCGUUCUAAAACCCGUGUAAUGUUUUUAGUGGACGAGUGACAUUCUAGCUUUUUGAAGUUAUGUUUACCUGCAGGGGCGAAAGGAUGCGAGAGCGCGGCGAAAGGUUUGGCGAAAGGCUAAACUUGAUAGAAAUAUAUCAUAGAUAAUUCAUACAUGUAUGCACAUGUUGUGCAUAUAUCUUUGUGUCUAAAACAAACAGAGAGAGUGGUUUCCAUGCAAGGCGUGAUAGGCAGAAAGCUGCAAGAGUAGUGGCUCAGCAUGUAAUAUCCCCAAGGAUAUGUAUCACCAGCUUAGUGAACACCCCAGAAUGUCAUAGAUGCGUACGAAAAGAAAC